CCUCCCGUCUGGCAAUGGGGAAUGGACUCUCGGACCAGACGCCGAUCCUGUCCAGCCUGCCUUCCUUCCAGUGCUUCCACAUCGUGAUCUUGGGGCUUGACUCGGCUGUGAAGACAACCGUGCUCUACCGGCUGCAGUUCAAUGAGUUUGUCAACACUGUCCCCACCAAAGGAUUUAAUACGGAGAAAAUCAAGGUGACGCUGGGCAACUCUAAGACGGUCACUUUCCACUUCUGGGAUGUGGGCGGCCAGGAGAAGCUGAGGCCCCUGUGGAAGUCGUACACGAGGUGCACCGAUGGCAUUGUGUUUGUGGUGGACUCCGUCGAUGUUGAGAGAAUGGAGGAAGCCAAAACAGAACUUCAUAAAAUUACUAGGAUAUCAGAAAAUCAAGGAGUGCCUGUGCUUAUAGUUGCUAACAAACAGGACUUGAGAAACUCUCUCUCUCUCACUGAAAUUGAGAAAAUGUUAGCAAUGAGUGAGCUGAGUUCUUCUACUCCCUGGCAUUUGCAGCCUACCUGUGCAAUCAUUGGAGAUGGACUCAAAGAGGGACUAGAAAAAUUAUAUGAUAUGAUAAUUAAGCGAAGGAAAAUGUUGAGACAGCAGAAAAAGAAAAGAUGAGUUCUAUUUUGAGCUUUCUCCUUUAGAGUAGUUACACAGUCAAAAUUUGACAUAAGACGGCUUCCAAACCCAGGCCUGCUUGUUUGGAUGCCGUUAAGCUUAGUUAUGUUAAACAAUCGGUUGCACAACCUUGCCUUGUGGAAGGCUGUGCAGUUAUGAAUUUUUUUUUUUUAAUAGUCUCUUCUGAGUUUUAAGGCUCUGCAUUAUUUCAGAAGCCCUAAUAGAUAACAUAAUGCUAUCAGGAAAUGGAUGGAUGGGUGGGUAAAUGUGACAUGGAUAUCUAAAUAGCCAAAUAAAACGAGGGUUUUCUGCGUAGUGUUGUAUUCAUAUGUUUGAGGGUACCCUCUGCAAGCAAUUUGCAUUGAAGAUGUUCUGUGUUUUUAAACUUCUAAUGCGCGUAAGUGGAGUGUUUAGGUGAACAUUAUUCAGCUUUAAAAACAUGUAUGGAGCUAGUAACCCAUUAUUUCAAGAGGCUGUUUUUUAUUUUAUUUGGGGAUUUCUAUGAAAGCUUGGCUACACGUGUAGUUUUUUUUUAAUUUGGCACUUUUGAAAUCGAAUCAUGUUCAGUUCAAAUACUUGAAACUUGAGUGCUGUGGAUUCUUCAGCUGAUAAGACUUGUUUGACAAGUAAGAUAUAAACAACACGCUGGAGCAUGGAAAAGUGGUUUCCCAACGUAUAGCAUGUUUUUGGUAUGUAAGGUUUUUAUUUUUUUAGAAAUAGCCAUUCAUCAUUAUACAGUGCUAAUCAGGUUUAAACUACUUGUAUAUCACUGAGAAAUUUACUCAAAGUUCUUAAUUUAUUUUUGGAUGAUGAGCAUUAUGUCCUCAUGCUAUCAAUUUAAAAGUAAAUUAAUUGCAAUGAGGGAAUUAUAAAGAACAACUUUGGCUGUUGUGGUUGUAACCAGUGCAGCAUUUUUAGCUCUGUUGGUGACAUUUUUGGCAAUAAAACUAAAUCAUAAUGAAGUAAAGGUGGAGUUAAACUUAGCAGAGCACAUCUUGUAUCUCCCCAAAAUACCCCAUUUUAUUAAAGUGGUAUUGCUCUGUCACUUUCAAUGUAUGCUUUUUUUUUUUUUUAAUUGUGACUUUUAAAGUAUUUCGUGGUUAGGAAUGUAUUAAUGCUUUAUACACUCAAAACAUUUGACACUAUUGGGGUGGGGAGUGGGGAAGAAGAUCUUAAAGAUGGGCCUGUGUUCUGCUUUAAUUAUGCUUUAAGCUGUUCUUGUUUACAGAGUGUGCAAACAGUGUUAACUGGGCAGGAUAGUGCUUGACAGAAAAGGGCUAAUAGUUUUUGUUUUUGUUUUGUGGUUUUUUUUUUUUUUUACUGGUACAGAGCUUCAGGUGACUCUUUAGUUACUUGGCUAGCAAUUAAAAGGGCUAAAACAGAGCCUGGAUUUUUAAGACUAACUUUAGUGGUGCUGUAAAAAUCAGAAUGUUAGAUUCUUUUUAGACUUUUGUUGAAAAUACAACUUAGAUGCAAAACCUAUUUCCUCCUCUUAUUCAGCCAGCAAAGUAAUACAUUUUUCUUACCUGCUGCCAUGUAUAAUGAGGAUGACAGCUACAAACCUGAAUGUCAAUCAAUGUAACUUAGAUAUGUUUAAAAAAAAGACAAACUUUUUAACCAGCUUCUGUUUGUCCAGGAGGUAACCAAAAAUGCACUUUAGUGUCUUCAAUAACUGAAAGUAACAGCUCUUUUUUUUUUUUUUUCUUUUUAUGACAUCUUGGUCCUUUUUGAAUAAACUGAAGUAGCUUCCAGUGGAGCUUUUGUAUGUUGGUUAUAUAUGUACCUGCACUGGUGACAUUGUAAGUCACUUACUCAAGUAAUGUCUAUAUUUAUAGAAAUGUGGAUGACUUCUUAAACCUCAAUAAACAGUUCAAAGCAAGUCUACAGAGAAGGUGUCUGACUUCUUGUACUGCAGUGGUGUGCUCUCAUCAGCCUCUGCGUGUGUUCAUUCUAAUGACAGUAAAACUAAUUCUGUUGAAAACGAGACUCUUAAAUGUGACAGUGUUAUAAAUUGCAGGUAUCUCAUUAAAGACUAAACAAAUGGCAUGUGUGUAUGUUCUCAGAACAAAUGAUUAAGUACAGUGACUUCUUUCUGAAGUGAUGGUAUUCAUUAGAAACUUCUAGCUUAGAUGCAGGUAUUGCAGGUAUACUACCAUCUUUGCACCAUUUGAAAAAUCUCUUAUACAGCUGAACGUAUUGUGAGUUAUGCGUAACAUUUAAUAGACAAAAUGUUGGGAGCUUAUCAUGUGUACAUGCAGGUAGUACUUAAUUUAGCAUCUGCAGGCUCCCAUUUCUUAAGCUGGCUGAGGGAUUCACAUGUGCCUAAGCCUCGGGUGAGUUUCCUCUUCGGUUCUUCUGGCAGGGAGUAGAAUGUAGCAAGAGAUAUUAAAGACUCUAAUUGGUUUUAGGCCUUUAAUAUAGGCAAAACAAAUCUCAUUUAGAAACCUACAAAUUGGAAUUGCUAGAUUUAAAGAAGAAUUAAACAAGAUAGGUUUAAAGCUGUCGCUCUAAAAUCUUCAUACUUACCGUUCUGUUCACGUAACUCAGGGCACAUCAAAAUGUAGCUUAAACAGCCUUGUGAAAGGGAUAAAUCUUAGUAAUGCUUAGCCCUAUGAAUCUAGGGCAUAAUCGGUAUAAUGUCUGAUGUUUUUCUUCCUGUCAUGUGCGCAGUACUGCUAGGCUAAGGAAGCUGAUGUGACAGGCUGGCUUUUUCUACCUGAUACACAAACUAUAGGAUACUAAGUAAGAUCUGCUUCAUUUCAAGUAUUCAUUAGGCUUCUAUUAGAAAUAGUUGAAAAGACAUGUUGCAUGGAAAGGUCAACUGAAUUCUGUUCUGCGUAUUAAAUGUGGUAGCGUUUAGCUGGUGACAGUCUCCCAAAACUUGCAUGCAUAAACAUUUAAAUGAUACAAAGACGUGACUGGUCUGUAGUCUAGCACUCAACUUUCGAGAAAGAAGCAGAAGAUGAAGAACUGUGUUUCUAAAAUGACGUAGUUGCUAUUGUGUGAUAUUUAAUAUUGACUUGGAUGUAGACAAUUUUACACAAAGAUGUAAAUUCUAUAUUCAAGCUGUACCUUUGUCUGUAUUAGAUAUUACAGUAAUUGUUGUGAGCAAAAUAAUAAGACAGCUGUAGCCAUGUCUGCAGAUCUGUGAGGGUUUUUUUUUGUUUUGUGUGUGUGUUUUUUUUAAAUUAAUAUGACAAAGUGGCCGAGUACAAACGAAAUGGUACUUGCAAUAGAGGGUUUGAUAUCUUAGCUGUUUGAGUUUCUGCUGGCACAGUUCUGUCAACCUAGGAUCACUUUUUUCCGUAGGCUGAAUUGACAGAUCUAGCCUAAAUAAAUGCUGGUAUAUGUAAGAGUAUCUUUAGAGGAGCUAAAUAAGCAGAUGUAUU